UAUCGGGAGCCAAAGAGGAGACGGUUAUAUACGUAGUCUGUCACAGCCAUUCACGGCAGCAAACCCGUCUUCAGAGCUGCUUUCACUUUUGUCUGUCCCGUGAUGGCAUAAAAUUCAAGAAAUCCCCUUUUCUAAAUUUUUGUCCUAAACUUAGCUUCUUAUCUCCUUGUCUCCUUCUCCCCUCCUGUAGAAAAACAUACACACAACCCAAUAAUUUUCUCAACAAAAUCCUCCCGUAGAAAAAAUCCCAUCUUUUCCUUUCUGAUUUUUCAAUGGGGAAGUAUGGAUUGUUUGAUCUAGAGAAGCACUAUGCAUUCUAUGGUGCAUACCAUAGUAACCCAAUAAACAUAUUGAUUCACAUGAUAUUUGUUUGGCCAAUCUUUUUCGCCUCUAGUUUGAUUCUUUAUUUCACACCUCCUCUGUUUAAUCUCCCUCAAGUCGAGUUAUCUCUGUUUGGUAGUAAUGAUGUGGUUCUGUUUCUUAACAUCGGGUUCUUUCUUGUUUUAAUAUAUGCUUUGUUUUAUAUCUGUUUGGACCCAAAAGCUGGUUCCUUGGCUGCUUUGUUCUGUGGUUUCUGUUGGGUAAGUAGUUGUUUUGUGGCUAGCUGGCUUGGAUUCUCUCUUGCUUGGAAGGUUGUCCUGGUGGCUCAAAUAAUUUGUUGGACUGGACAGUUCAUUGGCCAUGGGGUCUUUGAGAAACGAGCCCCUGCUCUUUUGGAUAACCUUGUUCAAGCCUUUGUAAUGGCUCCCUUCUUUGUGCUGCUGGAGGCUCUUCAAACCUCUUUUGGCUAUGAACCAUACCCAGGGUUUCAUGCCAGUGUUCAAGCAAAGAUUGAUGCUGAAAUAAAAGAGUGGAAAGAGAAGAAGCUGAAGUUGCUUAGUUAAACUGGAGCCCGUUCAAUAAACAUCAUCGAUCAGUUUAGAUCCCGUUAUUAAACUAAAUAAUGCCAUACAGCUUCUAUACAAUAUCCAUGAUCACGCACAAUGUACCAAAAACUUUAUGAGUUGAAUGCAUGAUUAUUUUUCA